AUGGGAUCUAUUCCGACACCAAACAAAAAGGUCUUUGAUAUCCUCAUCAUUGGUUCCGGACUUUCUGGCCUUGCAAGCCUUCAUCAUAUCCGCAAACAGAUGCCCGACUGCCGCGUCCAAGUCCUUGAUAACGGCUCAGACGUUGGUGGUACCUGGUUUUGGAACCGUUACCCCGAUUGCCGAUUUGAUUGCGAGUCCGUUUCCUAUGGUUACUCUUUUGAUAAAGAUCUCUUGAAAGAAUGGCACUGGAAGGAGGCUUUCUCGCCCCAAGCAGAGACGCAAAAGUACAUUCGCCGUUUCGCGCAGAAGAACGAUUUAUACAAGCAUAUUCAAUUCAACACAACUAUCAAGUCUGGGCACUGGAAUGACAAAGACCGUACCUGGACAUUUACCGACCAGGACGGCAAUCAAUACGAGACCACCUUUUUCUUGAGCUGUAUCGGGUUCCUUUCAACGCCAUCCCUGCCUGCUAUUCCCGGCAUUGAAAAUUUCAAAGGCAAAUCUUUCCAUACUUCAAGAUGGCCGGAGAAUCUCGACGUAAGCCGGGAUUUUGCCGGAAAGCGCAUCGGCGUCAUAGGGACCGGAGCCACUGGAAUUCAGAUUAUUACUGCCUUGUCCAAAGAGCCAAGUGUAAAGUCGCUCAGUGUAUUCCAGCGGACAGCGACUUGGACUGUGCCUCUUCGCAACUAUAACAUCUCGACAGAGGUAAUGGAAGACUUGAAGAACGAUUAUGAUAAGAUUUUUGAAAUUUGCCGCUCGACGCCCUCUGGAUUCAUGCACAAGGCUGAUCCCCGAAAAACCCUCGAAGUCUCAGAAGAGGAACGUAUUGCACUCUGGGAGAAGCUUUACGAAGAGCCAGGUUUCGGUAAAUGGCAGGGAGUGUUUAGCGACGCUUACACCGACCGCCACGCCAACGAGCUGUAUUCAAAGUUUAUUGCAGACAAGAUCCGUCAGAGAGUCAAUGAUCCCGAUGUUGCAGACUCUCUAAUCCCCAAGACGCAUGGUUUCGGGACCCGUCGCGUCCCGCUUGAGAGCGGCUACUUUGAGGCUUUCAAUCAGCCUAAUGUUCACCUCGUCGACCUGAAGAAGACGCCCGUUUCCGAAGUUACAUCUAAAGGCAUCAUAACAUCGGACGGAAAGGAGCAUGAACUCGACAUUCUCAUUUAUGCUACAGGUUUUGAUGCUAUUACAGGGUCAUUCAGUGCCAUCGAGUGGCAAGGUAAAGAUGGCCGCCCCCUAAUUGCACCCAGCGGGACCCCCAAAGGCGAUCGUGCGGUCUGGGUUGACAAUCGACCCUAUACCUUCCUUGGCAUGACGGUUCCGUACAUGCCAAACAUGUUUAUGGUCUUGGGUCCACACCAGCCUUUUGGCAAUGCUACACGUAACAUUGAGCACGCCGUGCAGGUUGUUGUAGACUUGUUGCAGCACUGCAGGAAGAAUGGAUAUACAUAUGCGGAAGCGACAGAGGAGGCUGCAGAUGAGUGGACAGAGCACGUUUUUGACUGCAGUAAGGGUUCAUUAGUCAAUGAAGUUGAUAGUUGGAUGACUGGUGUUAACACCAACAUCAAGGGCAAAGCCGUUCGGAGUGUUGUCAGAUAUGGAGGUCCUGCGCAGGAAUACCAGAGACGAUGCAGAGAAGUGAAAGAAUCCGGGUACAAGGGGCUGCUACUUGCUUGA